GAGGCGGGUCCGGGGCGUGAGGGCGGCGCUGCUGCUGCUGCUGGUUGGGAAGCGGGGGCGUCCGCCGCCGGGCUUUGGGCUCGGCUUCCCUCGCAGAGGGGCCCUUCGGUUGGCGUGGGAAUGUGAGGCGAAGGAAGCGGCUGCGAAGAGAAAAUAUAUAUAUAAAAUAUUUUUUUAAAAAAAGGGGGAGGGGGGGGCGCGGCUUGGCGCGGCUGUCGCCUCAGGCUUCCCCAGUGCGGGGACGGGCGGUGCGGCGGGGAAAGAGCGGGCGGCGGCGGCGGCGGCGGCGCCUCCUCCUCCUCGGUCGCUUCCUCGCUUCUCUUCCCGCCAUGAAGAAGUUUUCUCGGAUGCCCAAGUCUGACGGCACCGGCGGCAGCCCCGGAGGCAUCGGGGGUGGCGGGGCACCGGCGGCUGGAGGAGGCGGCGGAGGCAUCGGCGGCUCGGGCUCCCUGGCGGUGGGCAGCAGCAGGGUCUUCGCCGUGGGGCGCUUCCAGGUGACGGUGGAGGAGGUGCUGGCCGAAGGUGGCUUUUCCACGGUACUCCUUGUGCGUACUCAUGGUGGAGUUCGAUGUGCAUUGAAAAGAAUGUAUGUAAAUAAUGUGCCUGAUCUCAAUAUCUGCAAAAGGGAAAUAACAAUAAUGAAAGAACUGUCUGGGCACAAGAACAUUGUAGGGUAUUUGGAUUGUGCUGUCAAUUCUGUUAGUGAUAAUGUGUGGGAAGUGCUUAUCUUAAUGGAAUAUUGUCGCGCGGGGCAAAUAGUGAAUCAGAUGAACCAGAGAUUACAAACGGGCUUUACUGAAUCAGAAGUGCUAAGAAUUUUUUGUGAUGCCUGUGAAGCUGUUGCUAGGCUGCACCAAUGCAAAACUCCCAUUGUUCAUAGAGAUUUGAAGGUUGAAAACCUUUUAUUGAACGACAGUGGGAACUAUGUGCUUUGUGAUUUCGGCAGUGCCACUAAUAAAUUCCUUAACCCUCAGAAAGAUGGAGUCAGUGGAGUUGAAGAAGAAAUUAAAAAGUAUACCACCUUGUCAUAUAGAGCUCCUGAAAUGAUCAAUCUUUAUGGAGGGAAAACAAUUACAACCAAGGCAGAUAUCUGGGCCCUUGGCUGCUUGCUGUAUAAACUUUGCUUUUUCACACUUCCCUUUGGUGAGAGUCAGGUUGCUAUUUGUGAUGGAAGCUUUACCAUCCCAGACAAUUCGCGUUAUUCUCACAGUAUGCAUUGUUUGAUAAGAUACAUGCUUGAACCAGAUCAAGAGCGAAGACCUGAUAUCUUCCAAGUAUCUUAUUUUGCCUUUAAACUUGCCAAAAAGGAUUGUCCAAUUUUAAACAUGAAUAAUUCUCCUCUCCCUUCAACUCUUCCUGAGCCCUUGACAGCUAGUGAGGCUGCUGCUAAGAAAAGCCAAAUAAAAGCUAGAAUAACAGAUGCCAUUGGACCAACAGAAACCUCAAUAGCACCACGUCAGAGACCAAAGGCCAAUACAAGCACUGCCACUUCUAGUGUACUUACAAUUCAGAGCUCAGCCACACCAGUAAAAGUGCCAGUUCCUGGUGAUUUUAACAAUGAACACAAAGGAGCCUCAAAGGUUGGAAAUGGUCAGGAGAGCGUAUUAUCGCCAGGAACCCCACAGCAAAACAGAGUAUUGCAACAACUGCAGCAAGGUGACUGGAGACUGCAGCAGUUGCAUCAUUUACAUCAGCAACAGCAACAACAGCAACUGCUCCAUGAUUCAUACGUGCAGCAGUAUCAGCAAGCAAUGCAGCAGCAUGUCGUUCAACAGCAGCUUUUGAUACGCUCUGUGUAUCAGCAGCAGCCCCCCCAACCUUCUCCAUAUCCUGCUAUGAUGCAGCAGUACCAACAAGCUCUUCUACAGCAACAGGUCCUCGGGAAUCAGUUGCCACCGCCGAAACGUUCUCCUGAAUUUCUUACCUCUCCUCAGGAGUUUUCACCAGCCUUAAUCUCUCAUUCUAAAUCCUUUCCAGCUCAUGUUGGUGCAGCUCUGGAUGCUCCUUAUUCCACAAACAGAUCAUCUUCCUCUGACACGGAGUCUGUUUCCAGCUAUCCGAAACAAAACAUCAGCAGCCCCCCUGAUAUGUCUGGGUGGAACCCUUUUGGAGAAGACAACUUCUCCAACCUGACAGAGGAGGAGCUGUUGGACAGGGAGUUUGACCUUCUGAGAUCAAACAGGCUGGUGGAGAAGAGAACCUCCUUAGAUAAGACAGUGGAGUCACAUUCUGCUCCACUGACCCAUCCUCCAGAGGAUCCCUUUGGUUCUGUUCCUUUCAUUUCACACGCAGGCUCCCCAGGAAAUGAAAUUAAUAACCCAGCCAGCAAUCUAGAAAACACAUUAGAGGGUCUUUCUAAGUAUGAAAGGUCAAGCCAGGUUGUUAAGGACCAGGAUGCUGGAAAGAAGGCCGCAGAAGCACCUACUAAGAAAGGAAACGAUGAAUCGGAGAGUGAUUUUGAAUCCGAUCCCCCUUCUCCAAAGAGUAGUGAGGAAGAGGAAGAGCAAGAGGAUGAAGAAGUCUUGCAGGGUGAGACGGGAGACUUCAUUGAUGACGAUACAGAGCCAGAAAACCUAGGCCAGCAUCCCCUUCUCAUGGAUUCUGAAGAAGACGUAGAAGAUGACGAUAAGCACAGUUCUGACUCUGACUCUCACCAUUUUAGGCCUGCAGAAGAGGUACCUUGUGGCAGAUACAGAGAAGGGUCUGGCAAUAUAGAAAGCAGAGAGAUGGUUCUUCCCUGUCCUUCAUUGGCCGAGUUCCCGGGUUCCAGUUUGAGCCCCAAACAAGAAUUCGAUGUCUUUGGAGCGGUUCCGUUCUUUGUUUUGCAGCCCCAGGAACAAAAGGAUACUUCUUCCCAUGUCGCCCAUCCAGAACAAGACCAGGACGACUUCGACGUCUUCACCAAAGCCCCCUUCAGCAGAAGAAUAUCUCAGCAAGAUGAUUCGAUCCCAGGCUCGGAACCGCAAACGUCUCCGGUUUCCCCCAAAAGCGUGGACGUUUUUGGCUGCAUCCCGUUCCAGCCCGUUUCCAUCCAAAGCUUCCACGGCGAAGCUAGAGAGGAUCUGUUCGGUCUCGUCCCAUUCGAGGAGAUCACCGGGAGCCAGCAGCAACACAAGGCGAAACAGCAACAACGGAAUCUGCAGAAACUCUCUUCCCGUCAGAGGCGCAUGAAGCAAGAGGGGUCCAAGAGCAACGGCAAGCGGCAUCACGGAACCCCAACCAGCACCAAGAAGACCCUGAAGCCCAGUUACCGGACGCCGGAGAGAGCCCGAAGGCACAAAAAGGCCGGCCGCCGAGAUUCCCAAAGCAGCAACGAGUUUCUGACCAUUUCUGAUUCCAAGGAAAACAUAAGUAUUGGCCUGUCGGAUAGCAAGGACAGAGUCAAUCCCCUGCAGGGUGAUGAUAAUCUCCUGGAUCCCUUUGGAGCCAAGCCUUUCCAUCCUGCCGAAGGGCUACGUCUCCCCCAACACCAAGGGUUGGCUGACAAUCGUGGGGAUCACAACACAGCAAUGCUUGGGAGACCUAGGCAGAGCUCCUUACUUGGCAGCAUUCAUUCUGGCGACGGCGUAAAAUCAACAGAUGAUUUUGGAGCGGUUCCUUUCACUGAACUUGUGCCAAGUGUGAAGUCUCAACAGAGCCAGCAGCAACAGGCAGUAGAGUUAGAUCCAUUUGGGGCAGCUCCGUUUCCUUCCAAACCGUAGACUCUUUUUUAGGAACAUCUGAAUUAUUUCUUUUUUAAAAACAACAACAACCACCACCACCUUGGAUUUAAUAUGCCACUCGAAUCCAUUUACUUCGGUUGAGAAGCAAAUGUUUUGUUUUUUUUAAAUCCGCUUAUUUCUCUGCUGUGACUCGAUGAGAUUUUAACAUCCACAAUGUUAAAGAUGCAAGAUCGGGAUGAUACAAUGGUGAGAAAAGUUUGAGUAAAGAAAAUCUUUCCAAAAGUUAGAUCAGAAGAUAGCUAUCACUGAGGAUAUCAGCUAUGAUUAUGACGGGGGUCUCCAACCUUGGCAGCUUUAAGACUUGUGGACUUGUGGAUUUGUGGACUUCAACUCCCAAAAGCAAAGCUGGCUGAGGAAUUCUGGGAGUUGAAGUCCACAAGUCUUAAAAGUUGCCAAGGUUGGAGACCCCUGGACUAGGACAUUCAGAAUUGUAUCCUUUAUAGAGUACAAUUACACUUGAAUUGAUGGAAGCAUCAGACCGGGUUGAACGAAUGAAAUGGGACCUUAUCAGUCAAAAAUCAAGAAAACGUCUGAAAAAAGCCAGGUUUAUUUAGAACUGCUUCAUUGUACCUGUUCUAAAGGGUUUUUUUUUUUAAAAAAAAAGAAAAACACUCUUCUCUUAACAUUUCUGAAAAUCAGAGCUUGCGGUCUUGAUACUGGUUCCUAAACUUACAUGAAGAAACCCAAACCUUUCUAUCUCUAUCUGCCUGAACUGUGCUUUUCCACAGUAAGUGCCAUUAAUAUAAAACAGGGAUCGUUGUAAUUCUUAGGAUUUCAAGGACUUAGUUGUGGAUGUUGGAAGUGGGAAUGGAAUGAGAAAGCAGCAGCACUAACAGUUCAGCUUCUUGCAGCACUUUGAAGAUUGCCAUUUCAAGAAGAGAGCGUGGUUUACCUGCAUACCCUACCAACCCAGAGAGAAGAUGGGGAAAACAGCCAGAAAAUUGUAGCAAAUUCAGACCUAUAAAGAGCUUAAAUCAGAGUUUUCACCCCAUGUCUGUUCACUUUACUGGGGUUUUGUAUUUCAUAUAAACUGUAUGUACCCCACAAGGUUUUUAAUUUUCUAAAAUGGUUCUCACCUGAUUUUUGAAUGCUUUCUGUAUUACAUGAUUGUACUUUUGUAAGACUUUAUACAAAACACACCAAUCAGUUUUCAACAAAAGGAGGUUUAGAAUGGAAGGCUUAAAAACGAUGCUCUUUCGAGUCUCUUACCAUUACCGCAUAGUAAAACCAGCAAUGCCUUAGCACCCAGGACCGCGUCCUGAUAUAAAUUUACCUCUUGAGCCAAUUGGUGCCCGUGAGACACAGAUUGUAACAUUUGUAGAACUUCGGUGAGCAGACAAGUACGUUUUUGGAACUUUUCAAUCUGAGCAAAGGAAUUCUUCAUUCCUUCUUCACUAAUAUCUUCAUUCGCUGUUGGGUCAUUCUAGGGGCAGCUGUGUUUGUUCAAAACAGCCACUUUGAUGUCCUGCAGUUCCUUUUCGGUUUCAUGAAAAAUGGGUAUCUUUGAAGUAGACUUAGUAAAAUGUUUGUCAAAAAGAAUGGCCAGGAUCCAGAGAUCUUGGCGGGAUCUUUUUAGAAUACGUGUGUGUGUGUGUGAAUCAAAAAUUGCUAAAUGUCUAACACAGGGGUGUCAAACUCAAUUUCAUAUAGGGCUGCGUCUGGGUUGUGUUUGACUGGGGGGGGGGGGCACGUGGACGGGGAGGCCCGGCCAGCUCAACCUCACUUGUCGGGGGCCUCGAGCGCUUUGCCAGCGAAAACUGGCUACUGAGCUCCGUUUUCAACUGUGACGGCCUCCUGCAACCCUUUGCCAGCGAAAACAUAGGUCGUGAGAGCCUCACGCAGCCCUCCUGAGUUCCGUUUUCACUGGCUAUUUCGAAGCCAGAUGUAAUCACCCCAGGCCAGCCCCCAGGCCUUGAGUUUAACACCCUUGGUCUAGCAGAACGCUUGCAUGAGAAAGGGGAAUCCAUUCUUAAAAAGUGAAAAGUUUCAGUAACCAUUUCUCUCAUUAAACGAAUGGAGGUUGACAUCUCAGGAUCCUUGCGUAGACAUUCACACGUAUAUGCAUUUGGACUGUAGAAGCUACGUGACCUUAACUGUAGUUGUGUCUGGGUACCAUUUACAUAAUUUGAAUAUCAUUGUGGAGAAAAAAAAAAGAUUUCCAAGGUGGAAGAAUUGAAUGAAUUUCCUUAAAAGAUACCAAGUAUUUGGUUUUUGCCAUCCAGUUACUGUAUUGAAACGCGAAGAAAAUACAGUAACUUUUGGAUAAUUUGCAAAGAUAAUAAAUGUGAAGAUAGAGUUUAAGACCCUUCAAAUUUUUGAAAAAAUAUGUAGCAUUUUAAUCAUACGUUGAAGAUAUAAUUUCAAGUUCUUGCUAACCGUGCUUCUAAAAGUGAAGUCCAUCUCUUCGCAUGGUUUAAAACCCAUAUCCCCUCAAAAAAUUACAUGUCUGUCUUAUUACACUAAAUACUGUGUAAAGAUCAGUUAAAAAUCAGCUGUGCAUGUGCCUCAGAAGGCCUGUUCCUUUAUUUUUUGUGCCAAAGCCUCAAGACAUAAUGUAUGCUGUAAAAUAACUCUUUCCAAAGGCCACUUCAACCAUGGCAGACUUCUGAGCAAGAAGGGUUUUAAGCUAUCCAAAAUCAAGUCAUUAAGAACCUGCUAAUUAAAUGUACUGUAUCUGGCUUUCAUAGUGGAAGGUUUUCUAUGUAGGCGAUAUGUCCACAUGGGUCGGAGUCCCAGAGUGAACGGAGAGAUGAUUUUUAAUUACAGUCUCCAUGUGAUAACCUCAUUUUAUUUGAAAAGUUGUACGUGCUUCAGGUGGUAUAAAAGGAAUGCAGUAGUUACUUUGGAUUCCUCGCCCCAAAGUUGCCUCCACUUACUAAAAUUAAUGGGACAAAAAAGUAAAUUACAGCUUGUGAAUGUUAUCUGUAUGAUUACACCUGACAUCUGAUUUUUUAAAAAAUAUCUCCGUCCAAACCCUUUUCAUCAGAAAAUCCUGAUGAAAUCAGCUUGCUGUAAGUUGUUUCCAGUAAGCAGUUAAGAAGAUGAUGAUGUAUAUGCCAUAAGAAAUGACAUUUUAGAGUAAUUGGGUCACUCCAUUUUCCGUCUUCAGAAUCCCAAGUUGUGGCUUCGAUUUGCCAGAAGGAUAUCCUUUGUACCAGUUAUGGUUAGUUUUAUUCUGUACAUUCUGUACAUCUGAAUUUACGCUACAUGGAAUAUAUGAAUUCCUGUACUUAAUGACCAAAAAUGGCACCAAUCUAUUUAGUGAUGGGAAGAGCUGAAAUAGCAUAACUUCGGGAUUUGCAUCUAUAUUUCUCAGAUAAUUAUUCCCAAAUCUGAUCUGUGCUAGAAAAUGUAUACAAGGUUAUCUUGGCCAUUGUCUCUGGUUUUUAGGACAUAUUUUUCAUUAGACAACAUUGCGGUACACCUACAUGGCUCCAGGUAUAUAAUUGGUAGAUAAGGAUGAAGAUAAGAAAGAUAUACAGAGCUCUGCAGGAUUGGGGCUGAGGACAACUCUGUGUCAUUCAUGGCCGUUCGUUUGUUUCAUCAACAUUUUUUUUUUUUUGCUUUUGAAUAACAUCUUUAAUAUCCCGGCUUUCUGCACCUUUGAUCAGUCAGACUUUUAAAAGAAUUUGAUUUCCUAGAUUAUUGUAAAUGAGAUCCGUACAGAUUUGUGUGUGUGUGUGUGUGUGUGUGUGCGUGCCUUUGGUGGCUGAACUGGAUGAGCUAUUGGCAGUUCCCACGAAGUUGAUUUCUACUUAAUCGCCUUGCCAAGUAAGCUUAACCAUUGAAUUCUGUGCUUCACUGAGAAAGCUGUUUAUUUUCUUUGGGUGGGAAGGUUGGGAUAGCCUUGCUCGUUUGAUGGAUGUAUUUAUCCACAUAUCUGAAGUUCGCUCUGUUUCCGGUCUUUCCUCCUGUAGUAAGAAGAUUGGGAGGCAUUGAUUCAGAACUGAAGAUGGUUAUCCAGUUUCCAUUUUCUUGAAACGUUUAGACCUUCUCAUUACUGUGUAGGGAAAUCUGAGCCUUCCUUUUACUAAUCAGCUGCGUACUUCAUCUUGGGGCCUAUGUAGCUUUGGACAGGAUAAUUUACUGGUUAAAAAUACGGUACUGUUUAUAUUUAAUUUGAAAAUAUAAUUUCUAUCUGUGAAGUCGAAGAUAGAAAUCAAGGUGCUUCGGGGGAAAAUAUCACUUACCCCCUUACGGACUGCAUUUGUUACCUGAAUGUGUUUCAGAAGGUACAACUUUUUGAGCUUUGUAACUGAGAUUGAAUCUCUCGCCACAAAUCUUGUAGAUUGAAAUAAUCAAUUCGGGGCUACUUUCCUGGCGUGUUCUACCCAGAUAUACUCUGUGAAGAUGAUCCUGCAACAUUGAAAUUCAGUAGCAAGCACCCUUGUGGUAGGGCUGCCCAAUAAGUCCUCAGUUUUCUCCUAACGAUAAGAAGAAGAAAAAAACCUACUGUGAGAAUAAAAGGAGAUAGCUACUACUGUGAGAAUAGCAAUUAGAGUUUAUCAGAAUAUUUUUUUAUAUGAUAGUGUAUUUUUAUAGAGAGAUGUAUAUAAAGCAUACACGCGCACACGUCCUGUAGUCUUUUGGGAGUCUGUGAUUUAAAAUAUAGCAUUGCAGUCACAAUCAUUUUCAUGGCAUUGGAAAACAAAAUGGAGCCAAAAGCUGCUAAAAGAGUAACAAGAAAAUGCAAAAACAUUUGUCUGUCUGAUUAUUUUUCUAGAGCGCUUUGAAGAGAAUAUUGUAAACCGUUGCCUAGAUUAGUUUCUGGGAUAAGAACAUCACUUAAGAAUAAAACAAUAACGUUACAUUCUAAUUGCUGGCGAACAGCGUUCAAGUGCACUUUUCAAAAUUACACUUCCAUAUUAUUAUUUUUGUUUAGACUUGAAAUUUCUAAAGCGGUGUGCGGUGUGUAUGUGUGCAUGUAUGUGUUAUGGGUAACCACUAAUACAGACCCUUUUGUGCAAAAAUGAUGUACAUAAAACAACUUCCAGUUGUUAACCAACCAGAUGUCAUGUUUCUGUAACACCAACCACUGUGUGCAUUUGCAAGGGGGCUAGGGUGUUAAUGAGUAAAACCUGUCAUUCCAGUACUGUAUGAAGAUUUUUCCAAUGUGUAAGAUCUCAUUUACAUCUCCUUUAGCUUAAUCUUGUUCCAUCCAAUGCCAGCUGUUAUAAUAAAGUCUUAUUGUACCAUU